AUGAAAUCGUGCCUGAUCGUUGACGAUUCCAGCGUCAUCCGCAAAGUCGCGCGGCGCAUUCUCGAAGACAUGGAUUUCAUUGUCGACGAGGCCGAGGACGGGCAGGAAGCAUACGAAAAAUGCGCCCAGGAAAUGCCCGACGUCAUUCUUCUCGACUGGCAGAUGCCCAUCAUGAGCGGUCUCGAAUUUCUCAAGACCCUGCGCGGUUAUACCGGCGGCGACAAGCCAAAGAUCGUCUAUUGCCUUGCCGAGCGCGACAUCGGUCACAUCGCCAUGGCCCGCAAGGCCGGUGCCAACGACCACAUGCUCAAGCCCUUUGACCAGCAGACGCUGGAGUCCAAAUUCCAGCCCUUCGUCUAG